AUGCGGGGCAACGUGGACGUGACAAGUUUGCUGGAAAAAUGCACUCUGAAUUUUCUUACAUCCCUUCUGGACAAAAAGAAAAAAAAAAAAGUUUUGUCAAAAGGAAAAAUUCUUGAAAUGGCAAGACUGUUCUGCAUCAUCGAAAUAGUUUCGAAAAACUUAAAAACCAAUACGCAUUCCACAUUGAGACAAAUAUUUUACACAAACCCACACUUGUUCAUGUCGCAAAAUGUUUCAAAUGUAGCCAUUGGAAAGUUAACAAAAAUUAUAAAAAUUCCGAGAGAGUUGCUAAACAUUUAUAAUUCCCCCAAAGGAAUAAUCAGAGGAAAUAUUUUCCUCCGGGAAAAAAAAUCAAGUCCAUGGGUUGAUUGCAUGAGUAUUUUUGAAACGAGAGGGCAUUUGAUAUGCCCCUUUGGAAUCUCCGAUAUAAAAAUUUCGCCUGAUGUGAAAUACGUCCUAAUAGUGGAAAAGGAGACGAUUUUUUUUAGGCUACUUCAAUCUGAUUUCAUUUCGAAUUAUGGACCCUGCAUUUUAAUAACGGCUAGAGGGUUCCCAGACAUUAACACUAGGCAACUACUUUACGAAAUCCGUAGAUACAACAAAGGCUUGAAGGUUUUCUGCAUCACCGAUUACGAUGCUUAUGGUCUAAGCAUAGCGUUCACAUAUACCUCGAAGAUGGAGUCAAAAGUUUACUACGUAGAAGACGUAUCCAUUGAUAAUUUAUUUUGGCUGAAUUUGUUUUCCCCGGAGGAAGGACUUCAAAAACAUGUUUUAAAAGAUAUUGAUAUAAGUAAACUGACCUUAAGGGACAUCCGAAUGUUGGACAACAUUUGCGAGACAGUAAAAAGUAGCCGCAAAUUCUGCUCCUCUGAAAUUAUUGCGUGGACAGAACAUGCUAACCACAUGAAAACAUCAGGCAUGAAAUACGAAGUAGAUGCAAUUCAGGAUAUUGAAAAGUAUUUGAGCAUAAGAAUUGAGGAACUCCUUUGA